UUCUCCUUCACUGAACUAACAAUUCACACACUUGUCCCGUCUCCUUUCCUUCUUUUCGCACCCCAGAUGAUUCUGCCGCUCAUUUGACACACCGCCGCCCCAGAUAAUCAACCCGGACCUUUGUUCUCCCUGUCUCUAAUCGCCCCGACGAGGAAACAGCAUCCCCGAGCACAGCACGCACAAACAGCGCCCGCAACCAUGUGGCCCUUUGACGCCGUCAACUGGCUGGCGCUGUCAAUCCCCUUCGCCUAUCUCUUCAUCCUCAUCGGCUCCCUCACUGUCUUCUCCAACCUCUACCGAAAACGACAAGCCGCGACCGCCGCUUCGCUCGCGCCAUGGUUCCCCCCACAUCUGCAUCGCAACAUCUACCUCACGCUGCUACACCAGGAGAACCCGAAAGUGCCGGAUAGUAUAUUGAAGGCCGCGCUACUGCGGCGCGCGACUGAGGAUAUUCACCGGAUAGUGCAGGUCCGGAAUGCGAAGCAGGCGCUGCAGGUUCUGUUGCAGAGAGGCAGCGUGGGAGACGAUUUGUGGCAGCGGUUUCAGCGGGCGGAGAAGGAGAUCGAGGAAGAAUUGCGCGAUGUCGUUAACGAGGCCAACGCAUUUGCCCCUAACUGGGGUACCACCAUCUUCCAAUCCGCCUCCGAAAUGGCCCAAAACGCGCACAUACGCGAGCGCCUUGCCGAAAUCCAGGCCACUGCUCCCGCCGAAAAGGAAUGGUGGGAGAAGCGCCGCACGGAAAUCUCGUCAAAUUUCAUGAAGGAGCUGGAUGAGGAGAAAAAGAGCCCAACCGCCACUGAGGCGGCGAGUGGUAAGCCUGCUGCAAAAACAGGGUCUGACGAUGAUGCGGUAAUUGUCGAGGCGGGGGGUCCAACCGUGAACGCGGGGAAGGGCAAGAAGAAGAAAGCUAAGCAUUGAGGUGUGGGUGACGACAGGGUUGCUCGGAAGCGAGACGUGCUGAGGUGUUGUGGUGUACAGUUACAGAGAGAUGUCAUUAGUCCGAGGGUUAGGGAGGCUAGAGAGAUUUCUUGGGCCCAUAGCAUUACCGGCGUUGAGGUGUUCAAGGCACCUCGGGAAGGGGGCACGCUUAGCUGGCGCUUGAGAGGGAUUCUCAAGGGCUACUUGUAUGAACAAAGC